AUGAUUGUCAACAGAGCAGACCAAGCCCUCAUGUACCUGCUAGUCGUGAUGGCAGGAGCAGAGGUGCAGGAAAAUCUAUCUCUUCGGUGUAAACAGUUCCUGUACAUGGGCACACUGCCUCGAGGGCUUGAGGAGAAGUCGUUCCAAACGAUUUGCCAGUUCUAUGAGGGAAAACCACGAUAUGUGACUCUGUACAACACCUUCAGCCACAUCCCUGUUUAUUCUGCGUACAUCUUCAAGCGCUCAGAUGGCUCCAAGAAGGCUGAUGUGCCUUGGAUGUAUGAGCCACAGCUGUCCACAGCAUCUGGCUCAAGAGAGAUGCAGCAGCUGCCCUCUGAAAAUGCUCCAAAAACUUUAGAAGCUGCACAGGCUGUCCUCGAUGACUACUCUGAGUCUGUGAUCUACGAGCGUGGACAACUCAAUCCGGAUGAGCACCAGGCCCAUCCUGAUGACAAAGCAGCCACCUACACUCUGACCAAUGUGGUUCCUCAGGUACGAGAGUUCCACAUGGGCCCCUGGAAAAAGCAUGAGCACAUCAUUCGCAGGCGGCUCAACAACUACUGCAGAGGCGCCGCCUAUGUGGUCACCGGGGUCACCACCUCAGGUCAAGCAAUACGCCGCCAGAACAUCAAACGCCUGGGCGUCCCCAGCUACUUUUGGUCGGCCUACUGCUGCACUGAUUUCGACCGCAAUUCACCCUACUCCGAGCGCCUGAAGUUCCCUGCAUUCGCGUCUCGUGGCCUCAACGACAAGGAGAAUAACCAGGUUCAGGAAAUGACGGUGCAGCAGCUGGAGGACUUCCUGAAGAGGGUAACUUAUGUUAGCGGCUCCUUCCAGAUCUUCUAUGACAACUGUGUGACUCCUAAUAGUGUUAACCAUGCCCUGCGUGAAGAUGGACCAUCAGAUAGAGUAUAG